AUGCUCGUCAGCCACAUGGUCUAUUUCACGCUUACGUCCGCGUUCUCUCCGCGGCUGUACGCCACAUGGGCAUAUGCGGGCCUUGCCCUUGCCUUCGUCGGUGCCGUUUUCUGCUCACUAAUGCAGCUCCUCCGAGAGGACAUCGUGAAGGAAGCAAUGCGGGUUGAUGAAGAAGACGGCGGUCAUGCCGCCGACACAUUGCUAGGUCAGGAACCCGUAGAUAGAGGCCUUGCUCGUUUCGUUGCACAAGUCACUGUCCCGCUUUAUCAAGUGUUUGUCACUGUUUCUGUGUUUGGAGCCGUUGUUUUUUGGGCUGCCAUUUUGCCGGUGCAGUCUGCGGAUAUUUCCUAUCCGCUUCUGGCUUUAAAUGCCAUCGCUCCUGCCGUCGCCGUUCUCGAUGUCUUGUUGUCGAUGUCGAUAGAGUUUCGAUUGGUGUAUGUAUUGCUCGUCGCCUUAUUCAACGCAGCAUAUGCAGGCACAUUGUACGUAUUUUACAAGACGGAUGGCAUUUACGUUUAUAACUUUAUUAACCCAUCUCAGGAGAAGGGAGCGUUCAUUGCGAAGACGACGGGGCUUGCGGUCGCCUCCAUCGUCGCUGGCUUGUUCGUCUAUUCUGUGACGGCGUUCAGCGGUUUGAUGUUCAGACGGCGUAGUGCUGAGAAGAAGACCAAGAAGGGCGACAAAGAUGAUUCAACUGCGGAUGUGAAGAGUGUGAGUGACAAGGACGUUGAAUUGGAAUCACAGGUUACCUUGGACAGUUCUCAGGAUGUACAGAGUGAAGAGAAGCGCAAUAUUUCGGCGCCAACGGAAGAUUCGCACGAGUUUGAUGAGGAUGAAGUUGUGGUCGCGGACAUGGACGAAAAAUCAAAGGGGAAUUCUAAAAGCUCGAUGGAGAAGAGAAAUCGUCAUUCAGUUCCGACUCAGUCGCCGGAGCUGGCGAGGUCGGGAUCGAACAGGAGAUGGUAUCGUUCGUCUACAGCGGGUCGGCUGCAGGGGGUAAUAUCGCUGUCUAGUCUUGCAGAGGAGGCAGUGGAAGACCGACCAAUCUCGGUUUGGGAAGAAAAGGGAGUGGAUUCGGCGCAUGCGCCUCAAGAAUCUGAAUACUUUACAAUGCCAGCGGCGUAUAACGGGGGUCGUAAUGAAGUUGUGAAGCUCACGCCAGUGGUACAUGCGGGGACGCAAUUUGCUCGAUCCGGCUCCGGACGUCAGCUGUUCAAGUCGGGCUCUGGGCGUCAUUUUGUUCGAUCAGGUUCUGGUCGAGCGAUUGCUCGGUCGGGUUCUGGGCGAGCGAUAGUUCGAUCAUCGUCGCGAGCCUCGUCGCGUUCAUCCGUGGUUGGGCCUAGGCCGUAA